UGGGGUGAUCUAGCCCUUUAACUUUCUAUGAGUCAAUAAUUUCAUCAAAGUCACAGGUCAAAAUCCAAGGCUCUUGUCUAGUUUUCCCUUUUGUUGGAAGUUGAUCCAUAUCUCUUUUUCUUUCGACCUUUUCUAAUCUUGUUCCAAAUAUCUUGGAGUCUACAAAUCUAUUUAAGCAAAAGAGUUUCUAGGUUUUCUAAAGCCAACCAGAUUUCUAUGAAUUCCGAUUGUUCCUUCACCAAGAAAAAAAAAAGCUCGAUGGGAUUUGGAAAGGUUAGAUUUUAAAACUUGGUAGAAUUAAGGAAUGUGAUUUUUUUUUUUAUGGGCAUAGUAUAGGCCUGGACUAAUUUUGAGGGCACAAAAACAAGACGGUUUAUGUCCGAAAAUAAAAAGGAAAAAAGAUAAAUACCAAAAAGAAGAAAAAACGAAUGGUACCUUUGUUCAAUCGUAAAUCCUUGUUAGCAGUCGUUAUAAAUCCCUAGACCGACAAAAAUCCUUGUUAGCAGCCGUUAUAAAUCCCUAGACCGACAAAAAUCCUUGUUAGCAGUCGUUCUUGUGAAAUCAAAACCAUGGACGAAUCCGCCAUCAAAGGCCAGAAAUCGCUGGAAUUGAAGGGUGAAAAACGGACUAGCACGAUUUCCGUAGAGGGAUAUGACACUAGGGUUCAUCAGUAUCCUCUCAUGCUCGCGCUGAGUAAGCAAUUCGCUUCAUGUGGAAAGAUCGCGCGUAUCGCUGUUCCCAGAGACUUUGAAAAAGGUAUCCUCAAGAGUCCUCUCUUCAUUAGUUUUUGGGGAGAAGGUGCGAGAAACAAGGCAUUGAAACUUAGUGGAAGUGACCUGGGAGGAUGGACUCUAGUAGUUAAGCCUGUACCCCAGCAGAAAGAACCUGCGGGAUCUAACAACCACCUCUUCGGUCGAGAUGUACGCUUGCUAAUUGUUAAGGUAGAUGAUUUACCUUCUUUGGUGCGUAAUAUUGAUUUCAAGAUCGGGUUGUGUGAACAUUUCUCUUCAUGUGGAGAGAAAUGUUACUAUUUUUCACACAGCUGAUUUGGUCGACCGAAUCAUUGCUCGCGAAAGAGGUGCUCUUGUUUCUAUUUAUGGGAAAAGGAUGUGUAGAAGGCGCUGGAACUAAGUGAACGUAACGUAGAAGGAUGGAAUAUAAUAGUUGAGCAUGUUGUCCCGCCAAAUGACCGUAAAAGAAAGCGUACCGGCUGUGAAAAUCCAUUUAUUCUAACGGAGAAGAUUGAGAAGGCUGCGAAGAUGGAGAAGAUGGAAGAAAAA